GUCAACCAUCACCCACCACCUGACCUCUCGCCACCAUGGACGAGUAUGAAGAAGCCAUCCUGUUCACAUAUGCGUUGCUAGAAUCUCGCCUGGACAGGAUUGAAUACAUUCUGGGCGGCGUGAAACCUGCCGCCGACGGGAAGCCGAGGGCCUUGGCGGAACGGAUACAGAGGAUCGAGCGGUCUCUACAGGAGCUCUCUAAGAAGACUGUCCUUUUGAAUGAUGUGCAACAAUUGUUGGCCAAUCACUCGGAUCUCCUACCUAAGGCCUCGGAGCUUGAAAAUGCAAGCGGUGCUGGACUUGACGCAGCGCAGAAGACUGCCAUAGUUGUGGAACGCGCACCGGCUUUUGCAACAACCGCUUCCCAGCUCAAGACCCUCGAUGACCAACAAAUUCCGCAAACGGAUGGCUUCUCAAAGCUGGCCAAACUUCGCCCCCGCAUUGCAGAAGCUGAGAACCGCCACCUUCUGCAAGCUCUCCAGAUCUCGCUGCUAAGGAAGAAGAGUGGAAUGAUAGUCUCGCGGGUGAAGCAUAUUCAUUUGCUUGGACAAGGUCGGUGCUGGGUGGAAUGGCACAAACGGCUCCAGAAUGCCGAGCGGACUGCGAUCAGGGCCGAAUUCAAGAAAAAGCAGCAGCAGGAGGAGGAAGAGGGCUGAAGCACACGCUAUCACAGCAUAUCCACGACAUCAGACUCCAGUUGCGCAUUUACAAAGGUAUUUGACGCGGUGAGUUGUCAUGCUGUUCGGAGCGAUGCGGGAUGCAGACCAUGGCAAGUGCCAGCUUCCCCAUGUUAUCCGGGAUGCUGUUAUCCACCACAUCAAUUGUGAAGCUUGCUUAGGUAUGGUGAGGAGGCAUGGUGCAGAUAUGACGAACAUUUGUCACGCGCCGAGGACGCAGGCUUCCAAGUUGGCCUUCACUAGAACAUGAUUGGCAGAUGUGUUUCUCUAGGCAGGUACAAGUUUCAGCCAGCUAGCAAUGGAUGCACAAAGGGCAGACGAUUGCUUCAGAAUUUCAUGCGUCCAGCGUCAAAAUUGGGUAUAUGAAAGAAUAUAUUUCCG